GGCUUCCUCCAUUCCUCCUCCCCUCAAACCCAAACCAACUCCUCUGCUCUCUCAGCUUCUUUCUCUUGUUGCCUUACUCAAUUGACCUCUUUUUUCUUCUUCCAUGGCUUCCUCAGUUCUAUUUUUCUUUCUUUUAGUUUCUUUGCUUUCCAAUUCAGAAGCAAGGAGACUCGUUGAGUCUGACCAAUCCCAGCCAUUAGCUUUUCAGUAUCACAAUGGUCCUCUCCUAAAUGGGAAAAUAUCUGUUAACUUGAUAUGGUAUGGCAAGUUUAAGGCUUCCCAACGUGCAAUUGUUUCCGAUUUCAUCUCCUCCCUCGCCUCAUCCUCCAAGCCCGCCGUUGCUCAACCUUCGGUGGCCACGUGGUGGAAGGGCAUAGAGAAAUACUACCACUUGGGGAAGAAGCCUUCUUCUCUUUCUCUUUCACUGGGGGAACAGAUUCUUGAUGAGAACUAUUCCUUGGGGAAAUCUUUCACCAGCAAGCAAAUUGUGCAAUUGGCAACAAAGGGUGCACAGAAAUAUGCUGUUAACGUUGUGUUGACGGCGGCGGAUGUGUCCGUCGAAGGGUUCUGCUCCAGCAGGUGUGGGAUUCAUGGGUCCGCAAUGGGCUCAACCAAGCGAUCCAAGUUUGCUUACAUCUGGGUCGGUAACUCCGAGACCCAGUGCCCAGGUCAAUGCGCCUGGCCAUUCCACCAGCCCAUAUAUGGACCUCAGAACCCACCUUUGGUUGCACCCAACAACGACGUAGGUCUUGAUGGAAUGGUUACCAAUUUGGCUAGUUUCUUAGCCGGAACCGCCACGAAUCCGUUUGGAAAUGGGUACUACCAAGGACCCAAGGAAGCGCCACUGGAAGCUGCAACGGCGUGCCCGGGCAUCUACGGCAAAGGGGCCUAUCCGGGUUAUACUGGAAAUCUCUUGGUGGACACCACAACCGGCGCUAGCUACAAUGCCAAUGGUGUCAGCGGAAGGAAGUAUCUGCUUCCUUCUCUGUUCGACCCUGCAACCUCAUCUUGUUCCACUUUGGUUUAAAACAAGACCAAAACCAUAUAGAGCACAUAUUGUAUAGAGUAGUGCCCUAGAACCCAAUAUGGUUACGUAUGAAAUUCUUUGAUUUUUUAUUAUUCUUCUUGUACCACGAUUGAAUAAUGAAAAGAAAAAAAAAAUUCGUUU